AUAAACACCACCUUGACAGAGCCUGCAGGUGGUGCAGCAGGGGGGCCUCCCUGGGACUUGUGCCACGGGGGGCGUGUCUGAAUCGGGCCUUCCUGAGGGGCGGGGCCCCGUGGCUCAGGAGUGUUUUGCAGACGUGGCCACCCUGGGCACUCAGGUGGCAGGAUCCUGUUCCUCCAGGAGGCGGGACAGUGCAAGGGUGUGUGAACCCUGGCAUUCUGCCAGAAGAGCCGGGGCCGGGGGGGCCCAGCGUAUAUAGGGCCCUGGGCCGGAGCGAAGGCCCCAGCGCUGGGCCGGCCUGGGGAGCCAGGAGCACCCCCUCUUCCUUCCCCAGAGCCCAGCGGAGUGGAGCAGGCACCUGCCAGCCGGCCCCCAUGUACGCCGACGCCUCCACCAUGAACUUCCGGACCCCCGGCUUCUUCCGGCGCAGCGCCCCCCCCGCGGCGAAGCCGGCCCCCGGGGCCCCCCCGGCCUCAGCGCUGGGGGGCAUCGCCCAGAUCUCGCCCUGCCUCUACCUGUGCAGCGGCAACGCGGCCGCCAACCGGCAGCUGGUGGCGGCCCGGGCCGUGACCUGCGUGGUGAACGCCACCCUGGAGAUCCCCAACGCCAACUGGCCCGACAUCGAGUACGUCAAGGUGCCGGUGCCCGACCUGCCCCACGCGCCCCUGGGCCUCUACUUCGACUCGGUGGCCGACCGCAUCCACCAGACGGGCAAGCGCAACGGGCGCACCCUGGUGCACUGCGUGGCGGGCGUGAGCCGCUCGGCCUCGCUCUGCAUCGCCUACCUCAUGAAGUACCAUCGCCUCAGCCUGCUGGACGCCCACCAGUGGGUGCGGAGCCGGCGGCCCGUGGUGCGGCCCAACGCCGGCUUCUGGCGCCAGCUCAUCGAGUACGAGCGGCGGCUCUUCGGCAAGACCACGGUGCACAUGGUGCCCUCGCCCCUCGGGCCCCUGCCCGACGUCUACGAGCCGGAGACCCGCGGCCUGGUGCCCCUCUGGAGCUGCAGAUAGGGGGCCCCGCUCGGCGCCCAGCCGGGGCAGACCCCACGCCAGGGGGCGCCAGAGACGCUAUUUGCCCCUGGAGGAGGGAUUCGGGGGCAGCUGCCCCACCCUGGGACCGGCACGGCGGGGGGGGGCACA